AUGCUUACUCUAUUAUUUCCAAUCUUGACACGUCAAGAAGUAACAUGCGAUAAAAUUACUACACAUCUUAAGUUUCGUGAACCAAUCUCUCUAACCUGCACAGGAUUAUCUCAGGAUCAAAGUUAUAAAGUUAGGGUUACUGGAAGUGAUUACCCUGCUACUUUAUCAAAUUCAAAUACAUUAACAUUUAAGGUCACGGAGGUAUUUGAAAUCAAAUCUUUUGCGUUAAUACAAGAUAGAAAUACUAUUAUUUAUAGGCAGGAUGUAAUAUUUGAAUCAAAUCCCAUAAUGGAUGAUCUAAGAAUUCAGAAACCAGUGAUUUCAGGUAGAUGGUCUUUAAUCAAUCCAAUAUUUUAUUUUGGUUCUAGGUAUUAUGGAACAGGAGAAGAUAAAGUUGAAUUGGCCAUUAGUGAUAAUAGAAAUGAAAACUCAUUUGAUGACAAUAUGAUUCAUUUAUAUGAUAAUGAAAAUUGCUUCAUUCCUGGAAAUUUACCAGCAGGAGAUUAUUAUCUUUUUGCUCGUAUUCGAUACAUUGAUGGUGAGACUACCAAGGUCUCAAAAAUAAUUUGGGUGGACAUAAAUGUUCAAACACCAAGCAUCAAAAGUGAAUUCAGUGUAAUGCUUUCUUCUGACAAAAGUGUAUUCAAUCCAAAUAAAGAUAUUUGGUUUUACAUAACUGCUGCACCUUCAGUUCCACAUUUCAAAAUUAUGUGGAAAUUUGGUGAGUAUUCAACAGAUUUAGACCAAUAUACACAAUGGGGCGAUUAUCAAGAUCCUGUUGAUUAUCGUAGAGCUUUAAGAUUCGAAAUUAAAUCUCCAAAUGAUAUUACUGAUAUUCAAAACGGCAUAGUAUUUAUUUCGAUUGAUACAAAAACAUCUGAAAUCUUAAAUUACACCGAGAUCAACAAUGUUAGAUUUCUUCCAUUUUUAAUUUUAGAAGGCUAUCAAAUAGAUCAACCAAAGUAUAAUGAUGAAUAUGUAUUACAAGAAGGGGAUUUAAUUACUGGAACCAUUUCUUUUAAAAAUGAAAUUAGUAUUGAGCACAUGACUGUAUCUGGUUUUGGUUCUGAAGGAACAAUUUACUCAAUUCCAAACGAAAACAAAAAGAUUCGGUUCGAGCUUCUCAAAAAAUCCGAUUACCCUAGUGUUAUCGAUGUCGAUGAGGUAAAUGCGCGACAACGAAUUAUUUUAGAUUUUUAUAAUUUGGAUAUGAGUAUAAAUAUCAAUAAAAAUUUGCCUUUUUCAGGUAUAAUUCAAGGCAAUAUCAAGAUCAAAACAAAUAUUGGCUACAGAACCAAAAUGCAAUUUAUUGCAAAAUUUGGUGAAUUCGAAGCGGAUAUUCAAUCAUAUAAUUUUAAUAUUGUUACACGUUCAGCUGAUAGGGAUUUUACAAUUGAUCUCGGAGAUAAAAUCAAAUAUGAUGUUAAUGGAACAUUGCCUUCUCGAAUCACAUUUGCAAUAGUUAUAGAUAAUAUUAUAAUGGUGCAUAAAUCUGCCGACUUUUCAAUUUUUAACCCCCAAUUAUCGAAUCAAUAA